AGAUUAAAAGGAAAAAGAAAAAAAGAAAAAAAAAGAAGAGUGGCAAUAGCAUAAAAAGGAGGAUUAAUAUGAAAGUCUUAACAAAACGCAAAGAAUGUGACGCUGACAGGCAAAGAAGGACAACUGACGGACAUUCAAUUCAAAUCCAAGGCAAGUCAUAGUAACAGGUAAAGAAGGUGGAACAAAUCCCAGACCCGAAAAAAAGAGAUAUAUAUAUAUACUACAAGAACACGAAAACAAAUUUAAUCCAUUAAAAUAAACAGCAGCAUUAAGCAACGGAAAUGUGAAUAAGUGAUCCACAGCAGAGAGGAAGAAAGAGAGAGUUUGGCCUUGGGAUGGUUGAUAAGUUUUAAGUCAUUAUAUAUAUUAAUUGGUAGCAGCUGUGUUUCAACUCAAACGAGGUCAAUCACUCUUGUUUGCACUAAAUUAUGCUACUUAAAAUGGAAGACUACACUAGGUAGCCACUGGGUAUUUUUUAAAAGUUUUGUGUCUUUUUCACUUUUGGUUUGACCUCAAAGUUUCAAGAUUCAUUCUUUAUUACUGAAGAGACAGAGAGAAGAGUUGUGUUCUGAUGGCUAUGAUUGGGUCAGAAUGGAAGAGUUUGAGUUUGAGGUAUGUAAAAGCAAGUUUGAUUUGCUUCAUUGGUGUAGUAUCAAUGACUAUUGUAUCAGAGGCAAGACAGCAACAAGAAGGUUCAAGUGAUCGUAACAGCGAAGAUGUUGAAUCUGCUUUCUUGAUGAGAGUCGUGAAUUUCUUAUGGCAAAAAGGUCAAUUGGGUUAUACACAUGUUUGGCCGGAUAUGAAAUUUGGGUGGCAAAUUGUAGUAGGUAGCAUAAUUGGAUUCUUUGGAGCAGCAUUUGGAAGUGUGGGUGGUGUCGGUGGGGGUGGUAUUUUUGUCCCCAUGCUUACCUUGAUCAUUGGGUUUGAUGCAAAAUCAUCCACUGCCAUAUCAAAAUGUAUGAUAACAGGUGCAGCAGCUUCGACAGUUUACUAUAAUUUAAAGCUUAGGCAUCCUACACUUGAUAUGCCAAUCAUCGACUAUGAUUUGGCACUCUUGUUUCAACCAGUAUUGGUGCUGGGAAUAAGCAUUGGCGUUGCUUUCAAUGUGAUUUUUGCAGACUGGAUGAUCACAGUUCUGCUAAUUAUUCUCUUCAUAGGCACAUCAACUAAGGCUUUCCUCAAAGGUGUUGAAACAUGGAAAAAGGAAACAAUAAUUAAAAAGGAGGCUGCUAGACGUUUGGCAUCAAAUGGCGGUGCUAGUGAAGAAGUGGAAUACAAACCUCUUCCUGGAGGACCAACCAAUGGUACAGGACCUGAAUCCAAUGAGCCUAAAAGAGAAGAGGUUUCUAUUAUUGAAAAUGUUCGCUGGAAAGAACUUGGAAUUCUCUUUGCUGUCUGGUUGAUUAUCCUGGCUUUGGAGAUUACGAAGAAUUACACAACUACUUGUUCAGUGGUAUAUUGGGUUUGCAAUCUGUUGCAGAUUCCAGUUGCCCUUGGAGUUUCUUCAUACCAGGCAGUUAGCUUAUAUAAAGGGAAGAGGAGGAUUGCAUCCAAGGGAGAGGCGGGCACAAAUUGGCGAGUACACCAGCUGGUUCUUUAUUGCGCCUGUGGUGUACUGGCUGGUAUGGUUGGAGGGUUGCUUGGUCUUGGGGGUGGAUUCAUCUUGGGACCACUUUUUCUGGAGUUGGGAGUCCCUCCUCAGGUGUCAAGUGCUACAGCUACUUUUGCCAUGACGUUUUCUGCAUCCAUGUCUGUGAUAGAGUAUUAUCUCUUGAAACGUUUUCCAGUUCCUUACGCUUUGUACUUCGUUGCUGUGUCGACAAUUGCUGCCUUCGUAGGGCAGCACGUGGUCAGAAGGCUUAUCAGUAUACUAGGGAGAGCAUCUCUAAUCAUCUUCAUCCUGUCAUUCACAAUAUUUGUGAGUGCAAUAUCACUAGGUGGGGUUGGCAUAGCAAACAUGAUAGAGAAGAUUGAAAACCACGAGUACAUGGGAUUUGACAAUAUUUGUUCUUACGAAGCAUAGGCUUAAAAAUCUUUUCUGCUCAGUUGUUUGUGCCAGCAGAUGUGUCGCUGUUUAAUCUUCUUUAGUUUCGAGUAUCUCAUGUAUUGAUUUCUGAAUCCUAGGAUUUUGACCAGACAAAAGAAAAGACACCUAGGAUCAGCGAACAUUCUCUUGUGCUUUAAUUAUGCAAUUCUAAGCUCAAUGAAAGAACAGCAAAUUCCGUCGGGAAA